AUGUUAAAAAUGUUUUUUGCUGCUGUUGGAACAUCAAUGUUAAGUGUGGCUUUACUUACUCUUUGUUGUAGGAAAUUAUAUGAAAAAAUUCUUAAUGGUUAUAUUGAACAUAAUAGUCGUCGUGGAAUUCUUCAUUAUUUAUUCGGUGGUACUCUGAUUGGAUUAGGAAUGAUAAUAUGUGGUAGUUGUCCAGGAACUGUUUUUGUUCAAGUGGGUUCAGGAAUUGUUAAUUCUCUAUUUACCUGUUUUGGUGGUCUUCUUGGCACAUAUUUUUAUUAUAUAUUUGUACAUGAACGAGUUUCACUCGAGAAACUUUCUUCAUCAUCUCUUGUUCUUCGAUGUAUUUGUGAUUUAUUUCAUAUUCAUAGUGUUAUUGUUCAUAUAGUAUUUGGACUUAUUCUUCUUGGUAUAUCAAUUGGUUUAGAAUUUAUUUUUCCUUGGAAGUCUUAUUUAAAUCCGAGGUUGUUUAUAAAAGGCACCCUAAAUCUAGAUGAAGCAUUAGGUCAUUUUUUGGGUAUGGCUGCUUGGCUACCAUCAGCGUGCGGUACUGGUGUUGGUCUUCUACAAUUUUGUUUUAUGUUUUUUCUCGAGAAAUCCUUAGGAAUUUCAUCAGCAUUUACUGUAUUUGCUGCACAAAUUUGUCAUAUUAAAAAAAUUGGUCAAUCAUUACCAUCAUUGAAUUCAUUUGCUUAUGAACUAAAGAACCAUGUAUCUCUUCUUUUUGCAUUGGGUGCUAUUGGUGGUAGUGCUCUAUCAUCAAGAGCACGAUGUGUAGGUGGAUGUAUGAGUGGUCAAGAAAUUUCAGGAAUGACACAUCUUCUAGUUGGUUCAUUCAUUAUUAUAGCAAGUAUAUUUGGUGGUGGUAUUAUUUUUGCUUUUAGCAUUUUAUUGACUAAUAAUGAAUGGCUUUUUCAAAAUCUCUGA